AUGCCGUCCUUGUCGUCCCGUAGUCUCGGUGAGGCGUUGUGUCGUGCCUGCCCUUGUUUCCCACGGAUUUUGCUUGCCGACGACUUUUUGGUUGUGCGAUCGGCAGUGGAGACGGCUGUUGCGAGUAGUGUGCCUGGCGCGCACGGCGAUGGUGACGUUUGUGGACGAGGAUUAAAGACCAACGCGGUGAUUACUCCAAUUUUGUGCCGUCCGUGUUACUCUUGCGUUGGUGGGGCUGGCCCCGUGCUGACAGAGUUCACAGAGAGACACGGAUAUAGAUCCCCGGUGUUUGUGCUGUGCCACUCGGCUUUGCUGCAUGCGUCGAAUGGUGUUCUUGGUACAACACCUCUUGUUCCAUCUCUCUCUGGGGACGUGGAUGAGGUUGGUAGUGGCAUCUCGAGCUCUGUUGCCAGUGCUGGUGCGGCCUUCCAGGUGCCAUCUGUUAGCACUCGACUUCUUCGGUGCCAGUCUCGUAUGAAUCUCACAUCUCUGCCGAGGACGCGUCGGUUACAAGAGGAGCUGCGACGGACCGAGGGUGAAUUGAGGCGCCUGUACAAACUUGCGUGCAGCUGUGAUUCUGUUUCCUCGGCAGAGUUCACGCCACUGGCCGUUGUCUCCUCACCGCUUGCAGGAGCCGCUUCAUCUCCACCGUCACCUCCGCUGCAGCUGUGUUGGCAGAAGCAGGGGUGGUUCCUGGAGGAUGCUGCCCUGGCGGUGGAGGAGUCGAAGACGGUUCCUCGGCCUUCGAGGACGCUGUGCUACUGGAGUGCGUGGGUGACGCCCUACCUGGACUCUUUUUGCAGUCGUUUUGUGCUGCGUCUCCAAGACAUGCAUCACUUUCUGUUGGAAGAUCAUCUGACGCUGAUAAACGUGGAGGCCGUUCCUCAUCAUCUUGCUAACGGCAACAAAAUUAUUUUUCCAGUGCGACGGUUGCGUAGUGCUGCCGAUUACUGGGCGUCUACUGGGGAUCCCGUGCGUGUGAGCGGGACUCAUGUGCAGACGGCAGGGCUUGCGGACGCCAGGCUGAGCGAGCACACUUGCUUUUCGUUCAGAAACACAUGUUGGUUUGCAGCGGAUGAGCUUCCCGAGCGUCGGCUGCAGGUUCGGCGCGCUGGGGAGGUGGUUCAGCUGCCUGAGGCCUACGAUUGCUGUGGAUUUUUCCUCCAUGAGGCGCCGUGGUGGUUCUUGAUGCCAAGUGGAGCCGUCAUGCAACGGUGCCCGUUCUCCGUUGCGACGCUGAGGGGAAUUUCGUCCGCGACGGGGUGCGGCAGCCACGACGAGGUGCUGGCUGCCUUGCAGGGCUCAGGUCCGCUCCGCGGCGAAAUUGUGUUUGUGCUGCAGGAAGCAGCUACGUGGCGCGUGUAUCCGCGGAGCCACGGCGUAAUGAAUUUCCAUCAACGAUUGCCCAACGCGGACGCGUUGCCGCGCUGCGGUGAUUCGUCGCCUGUGACUGCACCGCCGCCGCUGAUCUUUAUUGACAUCAACGAGGCGGUGCGGCUUAUGCGGGGCUGGUCGCUGCUGCAACAACAACAACAACAACAGCGACCGGAGGGAAAUCGACGCGGCCCAGGCCUGGAGAAGGAACGGCAGUUCGAGGGACAAGAACGCAUCAUAACUUUUUUUGCCGCCCUUCCCUCCCCGAUUUCUGCCGCUGCCUUUAUAAAUACGUUCAUUCUGCACUGCGCCCGCGCCCUGGACGACGCGCGGACGCCGCUGGACCCCACAUCGGCAUGGCGUGACUCCAUGACCGAAAUUCCCCCUGCAGAAACGCCGACAAAAGCGACGGUAGGUGCCCAGCACGGCCCGGACGUUGGCCCGCAAUGCCACCUGCGGCCGGAGUCGACGGCUCUCAGCGGGGAAACCGCGAGGGAUGACCAGAGCGGUGACACCGAUGGCUGGCAUGCCGCAGACGAAGACUUUCCUGCCGUGGAUCGCCGCGUAUACACUCCGGGCCAUCGCCUCAAUAAAGCCUACACACACCCACGCGAUGAGCACAGCCGCAGCAAACACACCGACCUCCUAACAAACCUGAAACCUGCUGUCGCGGAAGGAAUUAUCGCGGCGAGACGGAAAAAUAAAGGCCACAAUUGCUCAUCCUCAGCAGCGCAGGAAUUUCCAUGCACAGAACAACUGGACGGGGACAAGGGCACUGCCGUGGUACGGGAUCUAGGAAUUGUCUGGCUGUCAUUUUCAUUUACCGUUCCGGCAGUAAGUGCAUUUGACACGGAGAUUAUGCAUGACUGA